CUCUUGGUUUUACUAGAGAUUUUCCUUUUAAAGUAGAUAUUGGUAGAAUGGAUAUUGAAUGCUGUUAUUGUAGAGCAUUUCAUUUUCAAGAAGAGCAAACUGCCAAAGAUUUAAACCAAUUUAUAUUCUGUUGUUAUAAAGACACUGUAGCAUUACCAUCUUGA